GCUGUGAGCGGCCGGGGCGAAGAGCGGCGGGAGGCAGAGCGCGGCUGCGGCUCUCUGGCGCGUGGGACGUUAAGAUGGUGAGUUCUCCCCGGGCUAGAGGGGCUCCGCGGAGGCAAGGCCGGGCUGGGGGAGAGCAGCAUGGACAGCGCCGAGCGCCCAGGCAGCUUAUGAAGGAUGAGCUCCGGGGACUCGCAGGACACGCAGCCCAGUGAAGAUCCCGCUGGCGGCAGCAGCAAGGAGAGGGAGCAGAUCAGGUGCCGCAUGAAAAUGGUGAUCGGGCAGCUGGAGGGGAUCCUGCAGGAGCUCAAGGAGGUAGCCAAGGAGCUCCGGGAGGUAGUGAGCCAGAUUGACAAGCUGACAUCGGAUUUUGAGUUUGAGCUAGAGCCGGACGACUGGACCACAGCCACAGUGAGCAGCACAUCCAGCAGCGAGAAAGGGGGUGGCACGUUUGACCUCGGCCAGCUGGAUUUCAUGACCUCAGACAUCCUCUCUGACAGCUGGGAGUUCUGCUCCUUCCUGGAGGUUUCCACCCCGUCAGACUCUGGGGACGGCUCGGAGCAGCAGCCAGGCCGCCAGCCAGACUACCGGCUGAUGAACGGCGGGGUGCUGACCCCUAAUGGACCCCGGGUGGAGACGCCCGACUCUUCCAGCGAGGAGGCCUUCAGCUCCGGCCCCAACCUGAAAGCCCAGCACCAGAGGACGCCGGGCAUAAGGGAGCGGGUCCGCUUCAGUGACAAGGUGCUCUACCACGCCUUGUGUUGUGACGAUGACGACGGGAACAGCCAGGAAGGCACUGGUAGGGUGCCGCUGCCCGAGGACCUACCGGAGGAGCCCAUCGAGGCGGGGCACAAGCCGCCGGCUCGACCCACUGCCAAUCUGCCGCCGCCGCAGCGGCACUCUCCUCACCUGAGUGCCACUCAGCAACGGAAACUGAUGAGGAACAGCAGCACACAGACCGUGUCGGACAAAAGCACCCAGACGGUGCUUCCCUAUGUAUCGGCCAAGCAGAAAAUCAAAGGCAAAAACUGAGCAGGGGAGGGGGUGGGGAGGAAUCGGAGCAAUGGGGACUGAUCAGAGCAGGGGGAGGGGCAGAAAUAUAUAUAUAUAUAUAUAUAUUUAAAUAAAUCAAAAUACUACUAAUAAAAACAAAAAAAAGGUGGAAAACUAAUAACAAUAAUGUCCAGCUACCUAACUAUCAUUUUUGAGGCUCAGGGAAUUUGAAAUUAUUUACUGAACAAAAGAGAUCAAAUAACCAUGCGGAACAAGGGAAAUAAUAUCUAUACAUAUAGACCCCACCUCUGAAGCAGAGGAUGGGAGAGAGAUGUGGUCAGGGGCAUCCCCAAAUGCCAGCCGAGCACCUCAGUUCACUAACUUGGUCUGUGGGUGGAUGGCGUUUGGGUCUCCCCCAAAUAGGGAUUGUGGGGAAAUGAGGCUCGGGGGGCAGGGGGAGAGCCCAAGUGAAAUAAGACUGAAAGAGCUCUCUGGAAAAGGAAGUCAGGUCAACCCCUUGUGCUGCUGGUAUCCUACACCUCCCCGCAAUGUUCCAGAGAUGGGGCCGAGCCCCAGAAUUUGGAUCCACCUCUGGGUUUUGAUCAUGCCCUCACCCCUCUUCUGAAAGAAAUCAGCCAAUUAGAAACUUGCUUGUUCAUUAAAGAACAAUGAAUUUUUGUAUGCUCUAUUUUUAUGAACAAAUUGGUUUCAGAUUGGCUGGACCUCUGAGCAAAUCAGUUCUCUAGGCCAAUCAAUGUUUUUUUGUCUUCGGCCAUGGGUCAGCAAGUGAUUCCUUUUCCAUCAGUCAAAUGCCACUCAUGCUGGUUAGAUUUUCCUAGUCAUUUGGUCAAAUGGGACUAGAGUCAGAAUGGGUGUGGCUACGGCAAGAAAAUAGCAUUGGAGGAUUGACUGCCAGACAUGUCUGGAAUGGUUUUGAUUCUUCGUGCCUGAUUCUCAUCUCACACCAAUUGUACACCAGUAUAAAAUAUGCCAGUUGACUCCCAUGGUGCUAUUCCUGAUUUACACCCAGGGGAAUGAGAAGAGAAUCAGGCCUUGCAUUUCAGUAAAGUUCCAACCAAAACCCUGGCAUCUAAGGCCAGGAGCCCAGCUCUGAUCAGGAAAUUCCUGAAGCCCAGGCUUCAUUUUAAGCACAUCCUUAAGUCCCAUUGAUUCCAAGCAGGUGUUUAAAGUUAAGCACAUGCUGAAGUGCUUUCUUGAACUCAGGCCUAGAAGGGCCAGAUUAUGAUCCAAUUACACCAGUGUAAAUCUGGAGUUGUUCUGGAGACUUUCACGGCAUCACUCCAGCUUUACACAGGGGAUAACUGACAUCAGGAUUUAGUCCAUGGGGUUUAAUUUUCACACAGAGGUGCCUACACUGCCCCCGGGGCACAUGCACACUGGUGAUUGUGCGGAGUUUUCAGCUGCACACCGUCACCUGUUUGCAGCCACACCUGUCUGGGCUUUCUGUGCAGAGCUGACAAGCACAACUUAGCCCCUUGGUUUGUGAAAAUGUGGCCAUUAGCAGCAAGAAUCUGACCCCUUGUGGCAUGAGAGCACUUUCUCAAGCUGGUUCUGAACUAUCACAACACAGGGAAUGAGCUGGAUGACCUUGGUGGUCCAUUCCCAACCAAGAAAUAAACAAGGAAAAAAACCUGUUCUUAACCUUUAGCCAGCUGCUCUUUUAAUCCUGUCUGAAGCCUGGGCUCCUGACCGAACAUAGCCCCAAAACAAGUAUCUUGUUAAACACUAAUCUUGUUAAUGAUGAACUGGCAAAGCUAUUACUAGCUACCCAGCACAAUAAAGCUUGGUAUAUGCACUUUAACAACAACAAGAAAAGCCAAUGUGCUUUCGUUUGUUGUAUUGCAUGUGGCCUGGGGUGUAUAAACCAUGUUGCCAGUAUGUCUACCUCUGUGCGAGGAGUAUGGUGCUAAAUUUCAGGAAUUGGAAAGAAGCGCAACAAGCUGUGAUGAAGGGGCUGGAGGCUGUCUGCUUGAAUCCUAGAAUCAUAGAAUAUUAGGGCUGGAAGAGACCUCAGGAGAUCAUCUAGUCCAACCCCCUGCUCAAAGCAGGACCAAUCCCCAACUAAAUCAUCCCAGCCAGGGCUUUGUGAAGCCGGG